CUUGCCAGCUAGCUAUGUGUUGAAUGUUGCCAUGGCGUUUUCAGUGUUCACACUGUUACCUGGCAACGGAUCGCUUGGUUAGUCGAUCAGACGGGAGCCGACAUACUGAGUCAGAUUCGACAAGGCAAUCGCCCCUCAGUCACAGUUAAAAUGGCCACCCUUAGCAUCAAGCCGGGGCACCGCUACAGUGUGCCUGACUGGGAGACCAGCAACAGGCAAAUGGGUGACACUGCUGCCUACAAACGGAAUGUAUCACAUGACAUCCGCCAGGAGGCCCGGACACUACGCAAUGAGACCUCCAAUAAGACUUACUGGGACAAGACUGACAACUCUCGCAGGUUGAGAGACAGGAUUAACGACUUGACGCGAUGGAAGGAUAACCUGGCAUCCUGCGCGCAGGAAGUGGACACAGAGAUGGAAACUCUCACGUUGACUAAGGAGGAGUUGGAGAGGAUGCUAGCCGCCACAGCUCUCCCGCUUGAGGUGGCGGUCGAGUGCCUCACCCUGAGAGAGCGUCGCUGUGGGACCGAGGUGGUCAGCGACCCUGUGGAAGCGGAGCUUAAGAAAGAGGUGGAGGUGAUUGGUGGGAUCCAGAAGACACUGCAGCAUCGAAUCAGCAAAGCUUUCGAGCAAAUUUGCUUGCUGCAGGAGGCUAGGCACCAGCUUACCUGUGACCUCCAAAACAAGAUGGACACCCUAGACGUGGAUGGCACCUGUCUGUCACUCACCGAGACUUCACGAGAUAUCUCCCUGAAGCCGAACCCCAUGCGUCUGCUACCUGGUUUCACUAGUCCCCAGCAGUGGGAGCAGUUCAGCCGGUCCAAUGUAAGCCGAGCGCGGGAGGAGAUGGACGCCUCACUGCAGCUGAGGGCAAACAUGAAGCUCACCAAGGCUCAGCUCCUGAUCGAGCUACAGGCCCAGCACAUGGCCACUGACUUCGCCCUCCGCAAACGGGCCCACCAGCUGGAGCAGGCCUGCAGUGAGCUGCUCUGGCAGCAGAAGCAAACUUAUGAUGAGAUCGCAGAACUGGAGCAGGAUAUCCGCGGGCUGGAGGAUGAUCUUGGGGCCAAAACUGCUCCUCUGAAGUUGGUCCAAACCCGUCUGGAAAACCGGACCAUGCGGCCGGGAGCAGACCUGUGCCGGGAUGAGGUGCACUUUGGACUGGUGGAGGAGGCACAGCAGCUGGAGGCCACCAUUAGAGCGCUGAAGGAGAAGCUGGCCCAAGCCCAGCACUCCCUCCAGGCCCUGCAGCAGCACCAGGCCUGCAUGGAGGAGGACCUGUCCCGCAAGCAGGAUGCCCUCUUCCUGGAGCAGCGCAGCAUGGAGACCCGGAAGCGCCUCGCGACCACCGCCCACACUGAGCUGACUCCCGACAGCAUCGUCCCGCUCGCUAACUCCAGCGGGAGACACGCCCUGGACCUGCUUUAACCCCUCUCCCAAAACUAUGUCACUGUAAUCCUGCCCCCAAUACCUUACACCAGUAGUUCCCAACCCUGGUCUUGUUGUAACCUCCUUCUUCUUGAAGGUUCAUUUCAACCCCAAUUUGUCACACCUGACUCUACUAAUUAGCAGCUCAGCAAGGUAUCUAGCUGAUGAAUGAGGUGGGCUUUGUUAGGGCUGGAGAAAAAACCUACUGGAUGGUUGACUUCCAGGAACAGGGUUGGGAACCACUGCCCUUUGCCCUGGUCACUGUACACCCCUCCUAUCCUGUUAAAUCACCAUGUCGGUUUUACUGGAGUCUGUGUUCAUUGAGUCCAUGUGUGAGUGUUUUUGUGUUGUACUUUGUGUCUUGUUAAAUUUAGGAAGGAUGGAUGUUUAUUCUGUAGGAAAAGUGUAAAAUUUCUGUGUUGUAUUGCUGCUGUAUAUCCAAUUAUAGAUCUAUAAUUAUCUACAUCGUGUGUUAGAGUCUGUAUUACUUUUGUAUGUAUUAUUUUGAGUGCUUGCAAGUCUUUGCCACAGUACACAUAUUUUACUAUCAGAAAGACCAAUACGGUAGUUAUAUCAGUGAGUAAGCCCUUAAUGCUUGAUGCACUUAAUGCAUUCCUUUCUUUUCUUAUCUUGGGGCUCAUUCCGAUCCCUUAUUUUUCUCUUCUUUUUUCUUUUUCUUUCUUCUUUUCUUCCCCUUGCUCCACCCAUCGGGAGAGGCUAGGAAAUGAUGGGGAAAAAAGUAAAGAUGGGGAAAUCGAGAAAACUUGAAUUAGGCAAAUGGAAUGUCCUUGUUCCUUCAAACAUCAGUUCAAAGCCAUGGCAGUUACAGACGUGGCAGAUGGGGAGAAGUGGACCCACAGGUCGAACAUUAAUACAUCAGGCUUUAGGAAAAAUACUUCUGCAAAGGAUGCGCUUCACAAGAAAGGAAACUUCAGGAGUUCUCCUUCUAGCUCCAAGAAGGAAGAUUUAACAGGUUGGAAUGUCCUUAAAGAUGGCGGACCUCGGUUGAUUUCCAGGUCAAGGAAAAUAUAAAAGAGGAGAAAAAAACGAUUGAAAUGAGCCCCUGGUCUCUCGUCUGUAGCUCCAUUGGAGGUCAGGUUGAGGUCAUAGGUUGUCAUGGGGAGUGAAUUGGGUGCACUCAUAAUUUAACCUGUCACUAAUGCAGAUUAUUGAUACAGUUAUUUUUCUUGGGUUUGUUAGAAAAAGAGAUCUUUCAGAUGAACAACAUCAUCUGAUUUGGUAGAUGAUGCAGUGCAGUGCAGCAUAGGGACUGACAUGAACUUGCCUCGUAACACUUAAAGCUCAUUACACCCCCUUUAUUGAACAAUACAGUACAAGGAAACCUACAGUGAGGUCAACACAAGAUGGUAACAGCUGCCAUAAUGUAUGCGUGCAAUGCGGCAAACAGUAGAACCUGUGUGUGUGUAUAUACUGUAUAUACAGGUUCUUUAACUGCUCAAUUACCAUUCCUGUAUUUACACUGUUUUUCUACACAGCAAGCUUAAUGUGUGUUAUUAAGCAGAGGAAAAAUAUUUUUCUGCAAAAUAGACAGCUUUACAGGGACAUGCACUUUGUCUCAUAAUGUGGAAAGAGAUAAGGAACUGUAAACACA